AUGGCGGAGGUCACAAAUAAACCAGCCGGUAGGGGGCCCCAGAACAGACCCGGGAACAGGCCAACCAACAGGGGCGGGAAUAAGGCGGCCAACCGGGGCCCCAACCAGUCGGCGAACCAGCCAGCCAAUAAGACCCCGAAUCGGGCCCCAAACGGGGUACCAAGGGUGACUCAGAAUGAGACCGCAAGGGUGACCCAGAGUGAGGCCGCAAGGGUGACUCAGAGUGAGACCGCAAAAGAGAGCGAGAAGAAGGCCAUGAAUAAUGCCGCCAAUCAGGCAGAGAAUAAGACCUCCAACGAGAUUGAGAAGAAGACCUCAGCUGAACCUGAGAAGAAGGCCGCAGCUGAACCUGAGAAGAAGGCCGCAGCUGAACCUGAGAAGAAGGCCUCAGCUGAACCUGAGAAGAAGGCCGCAGCUGAACCUGAGAAGAAGACCCAAACUGAACCUGAGAAGAAGACCCCAAUUGAACCAGAGAAAAAAAUCCCAGAUGAGACCGAAAAGGCCACAAGUGGAAGCGCGAACAAGGAAACACGUCAGACUGAGAAGGAGACGCCUCAUAAGGUAGCCGAUAAGGUGGCAAAGGAAUCCCCUAACAGGGAUGCUAACAAGGCCGCUAACAGGGAUGCUAACAAGGCCGCUAACAGGGAUGCUGACAAGGCCGCUAACAGGGAUGCUAACAAGGCCGCCAACAGGGAUGCCAACAAGGCCGCUAACAAAGCUGCGGAUGGUGAUAAUGAUGGAAGGCAGAACGACAUCCUGAAGACGGGGUCCUUCAUAAGUCGAGACGGACUAGAGCUGAAGACAUACGAGUGGGUGGUGAACAAACCAGUCGGAAUAAUAAUACUAGUGCAUGCCUUGAAUUCCCAUGUGAGAUUUGAAUACCUAAAGCAUAAUGUCAUAAUAGAGAGCAAAGAAAAGGCCAUUCUUGUCGAUGCAAAAAAUUAUUAUAUUUACAAAGGCAGCUGGAUUGAGCAAUUCAACAAAAGGGGGUACUCAGUCUACGGUCUAGACAUGAGAGGACAUGGACAGUCAGGGUGCGUACAAAAUGUGAAGACUCACGUAAAUGAUUUUCAAGAAUUAGUUUACGAUGUGCUGGAGUAUGCCAACAUUGUAUACGACUCAUUAUGCUCAGGAAGUGCUUCAUCCAGUAAGGAACAACUCCCUAGUGGCAUGAACAAUAUCAAAAAGAAUGACAUCCCACCAUUCUACUUCAUGGGUCUGUCUAUGGGAGGAAAUAUCGUUUUAAGGGUAUUAGAAUUGAGAGAAAAAAAAGGAGAUGAAUCGAUUAAGCGAUUGAACAUUAAGGGAGUGAUUAGUCUAGCUGGUAUGAUUUCCCUAGAUGACCUGAAGAAAAAGCCAGAAUAUAAGUACUUCUACCUACCUAUAGCAAAACUUGCAUCCACCCUUCUACCCACCAUGAGACUGAGUCCUGUCCUUAAGUUUGAGAUGUUCCCCUACAUUAAUGACCUGUUUAGUUUUGACGCCAAUUGUUACCAUAAACCCAUAACGAACCGAUUCGGGAAUGAAAUUUUAAAAGCGGUAGAUGCUUUACACAAUGAUAUCAGGUUCAUUCCAGAAGACGUACAAAUUUUGAUUGUGCAUUCUGUACUAGACAGCGCUUGUUCCUACACAGGAGUGUCGAAAUUUUUUAAUUCUAUUCAAACGAAGAACAAGGAGUUAUUUACCAUUGAUGAUAUGGACCAUAUACUUCCUCAGGAGCCGGGGAAUGAGAAAAUCCUCAAGAAGGUUAUCGACUGGCUGGCUCAGCUGCAGUGA